AUGGAAGAUGGUCUAAGCGCGGCCGCCUUGCUAGGCGCUACAACGACCACACUGCAGCAGGUGCAGUCGCUCUACACUACCAUCGACAAUACUAGAGCAGCGCCUGACGCUUUACAAAGCAUAAAGUCGGAUCUCCAGGCCAUCACAUUAGUGCUUCACAAUACAGCGUGUACAUGGCCGUGCGAUAGCCCGCAGAGCGUUGCCAUUGCGGCCGAAGUCACCGCCACGUUGGGCAAUUGCAGCCGGAUAUGUACAGACUUCCAGGUCCUCUUGACACGUUGGGAGUUCUAUUCAGUGGAAAAUAACACCUUCUGGAUGAAUCAAUGGCGACAGAGUUUUUCUGGGCAAGAGCGAACAGCUGCCUUCAAAGGCCAAUUGAACCUUUGUAAGGAUACUUUAGCCGUUGCCUUGUCAACGGUCAGUAUUGAAUUAACCCCCAGGACUCCCUUUAGUAUCGCAAAGUUACGCCGCCAAGAGGAGCUCAUGAGUGAAAUCAAGGAGAUGAGUUUGAAGCAGAAUGAAACUGUGUUGCAAAAAGAGAUUGACCGGGCCGACAGCGAGAGGACGGAGACAGAAAAUGCUCUCCGAGAAUACUCGAUCGAGGGCAGUAACCGGUCUAGCGAGGAAUCAAAGAAGACGGAGUGGAAUUUACUCAAAGAUAUUCAACAACGGCAGGAGUUAAACGAUGCCUUUCGUAGGGUAUGUGAACAAUCACUGGCAAUCACGAUGUCAGCGCGCAAAGGACCUAAGACCGAAGAUCUCACGAAGCUCCAUCCGCCCCAAAUACUCACUGGAGUCAACACAUCUACAGAGGCAACACCUUUGGUUUAUCCACACUUUGGCAAGAAGAACAACACAACCAUGGGCCGGGCCACGUGUGCUGCUUGACUCUAGGAAUUUUGGACCUUGUCAGCCCGAACAAUCAGCAAACGCAUGGUCCUCCUAGUUCUGGCCUAUCUUCUCAGUCUCAAGGUUUUCUCUUCGAGUCAAUAGAAUCCUCACAUGUAAUUAGGGCAGAUGACUCAAGUCGAAAACUUACUCAGCAGGAGCGUCAAGACCUCCCAACACCGCCAGCGCAGUCCACCCACUCUUCUAGGUCUCAACCGCGAAACAAAGAGAAGCCCGUUUGUUGGGAACACGGUUGUGGAGGUCGUUUAUUUUCUUCCUGGAGCAAUUUAAGGCGCCACGAGAGGGAAAAAGAACGACAAAGGCCUACCUGUUAUUGUCCUCGCUGUGGUGCAUAUUUCAGUCGGACAUCCAGCCGGGAUCAGCACUUAGCUAAUAUGAGUUGCAAACGAAUACGGCGAUAUUCCAACGGCAGGCUACGACAAAAAAUUUCAUGAAGAUACAAGAGUUGCUGAUACGCCCCUACAUCU